AUGUCGCCGGAUCCCAAGCGACCCAACAUCGUCCUCAUCUUGGCCGACAAUCUUGGCUAUGGAGAGCUUGGUUGCUAUGGGGGAGGCAUCUUACGUGGUGCGGCGACUCCUCGAAUCGACGACUUCGCAAAACAAGGCCUGCUAUUACAAAACUUCAAUGUCGAAUCCGAUUGCGUUCCGACGAGGUCUGCGUUGAUGACUGGACGGCAUCCGAUUAGGACUGGUUGUCGACAGUCUGUCCCUGCAGGCUUCCCGCAAGGUCUGACACCCUGGGAGAAGACCUUGGCUGAGUUGCUCAACCAACAUGGAUAUGCGACUGCCCAUUUUGGCAAGUGGCAUCUUGGCGAUAUUCCUGGUCGGUAUCCAUCAGAUCGAGGAUUUGAGAAGUGGUUUGGUAUACCGAGGACCACAGACGAAAGCCAGUUCACUUCGACGUUGGGCUACGAUGCGGAAGUGGCAGAGCUGCCAUAUAUCAUGACAGGCACUGCAGGGCAGCCCUCCGAGAAUGUAUGCGUGUAUGACUUGGAGAAGCGUCGGCUGAUCGACGAGCUGCUUGUCGAGAAGUCAAAUGAGUGGCUCUCACGGACGAUGGACGAGAAGAGACCAUUCUUUCUAUAUCAUCCAAUGAUUCAUUUGCAUUUCCCGACACUGCCACAUGCAGACUUCGCAGGAACGACGAAGCAAGGCGAGUUUGCCGACUCCAUGGCUGAGAUGGAUUACCGUGUGGGCCAGGUCUUGGACCAUGUCGAUCAUCUAGGUGUUCGAGACAACACGAUCGUCAUCUUCGCCUCCGAUAAUGGCCCUGAGUUCCGUCCGCCGUAUCGAGGGACCGCCGGACCAUGGACUGGAACCUAUCACACGGCCAUGGAAGGGAGCCUUCGAGUGCCAUUUAUCAUUCGUUGGCCGGGCAAAGUACCGACGGGGGUGAGUUCGAACGAGAUUGUGCAUGUAACAGACAUCUUCACGACGCUGCUCUCUGUGGCUGGAGUUCCAAAGCCAGAAGACCGGCCCAUCGAUGGUGUUGAUCAAACUGCAUUCUUCCGAGAUCCGGUCAACACGAAGUCAACUCGCACUGGCUUCGUCUUCUAUAUCAAAGAUGAGUUGCGUGCCAUAAAGUGGGAGGACUGGAAGCUGCACUUCGUCUACGAGCCAAAGGUCAACCAGUCGACUGGUAAGCUGGAGUCGCCUUAUCUCUUCAACACGGUGCGAGAUCCGAAAGAGGAAGAGGAUGUUCUCUCGUACAACACUUGGGUCAUGCAGCCGAUGAUGAAACUGCGAACGGAGUUCCAACGUAGCUUGAAGAAUGAUCCUGCUCCUCCAGAUCCACUUAAAGACUAG